CAAGAAUUCAUAACCUAACCUCAAUUUUUAUUUAAUCAAAUAAUUAUUUAUUUAUUAUUUAUGUUUAUUAAAACAAAGUAAAUGGAAGAAAUAUGUAGAUCAUGUUUAAAGCAAACACCAAAGAAGUAUACUCUAACCGGGAAAUUAAUAAACUUGGAAGUGACUAUAGCAGACAUGUUAGAGUAUUGUACAUCAAAUAAGCUUGAUCUAAGUCAGGAAUUGCCAAGACACAUUUGUACCUUUUGCUUCAGGACUGUCCGAAUGGCAUAUGAAUUUUUUAAACAGUUCAUUGAUAGUCAAAAUAAAUUGUAUUUGUUGAAAUCUAGUGAAAAGGCUGUAAAUCCAGUUAAAAAAGUAUUUCAUUUUCACAGUUACACAGAAGCAAAUAAAUGUGAUCAAUUAGUUAGUAUAGAUGAAAGAGAAAAUCAGAGCGAAAAGUAUGCAAAUACAGAUAAUGAAACACAAUUUGAAAAGGGAAGGGAGUAUGAAACUGUAGUAGUGAAAGAAGUAAAUAUAAAUGAGAUAGAAGUUAUUCAAUCAACUGUAGAUGAAAUACAAAACAAUGAAAAAAAUGAAAGUUUGCAAACAUAUAUUUGUGAUAGUGAUUUUAUAAAUGUAACAAAUGACUCACAUAAUAAGAUAGUGACUGAAGAAGAGAUACUUAUAGAGGAAGACACUUAUAUUUUGGAUAGUCAGCAAGAAAUAGAACAUGCAGAUUUUGCAGACAUUUUGGAAACUGAUAUUGAAAAUACUGAUUUAUAUGAAGAAUGUGAAUUAGAUUCAAAUUUGGAGCCUCGAUCGUCAGAUGUAGAAUUGUCCGUUAUAAUAAAGAACCAUGAAAAUAAAAACGAAAAGUUAUAUCCAUUUAUUUGUCCAAUUUGUGCUUUGAAGUUUUCUCGUGUUGAUAUGUUUGCUAAACAUAUUUUACAACAUAAACAGAAAAUUAUAAUUUGUUCUCGUUGUGAAGCUAAACCAGAAUAUGAACUGGAAGAAUAUAUUGAACAUUAUAAAGAGUUUCAUAAAUUACAGUGUGAAAUAUGCAACAAAAAAAUGACCUCAUAUUUUGGAUAUUCGUACCACAUGAAACAGCACAUUAAUAACAGUUGUUACAAAUGUCCUAUUAAAGAUUGUCAAAGAUCCUUUGUUUUAAGGGGUCUUCUAAGAAAGCAUGUUAAAAAUCAUUACGAGCCUCAAGUUUUUAAAUGUGAUCUAUGCGCCUCUAAAUUUAAUAACAGAGAUACAUUGAGGUACCACGUUAAAAAGCAUUUAAAUAAAAAAGAUCAUCUUUGUACGAUAUGCGGUAGGACAUUUUAUUUAGCUGGACACCUCACACACCAUAUGAACAGCCAUCUUGGUAACAAAAGAUAUGCCUGUAGUAUAUGUGAAAAGAGGUUUAUCACGAGUACAUGUUUAAAGAGACAUGUCGCAGUUUGCUCAAAGAAACAUAGUUUUGCAGUUACAGAUUAUGGAAUGGAAGAAGUGGUAGAAAAUGACUAACUAUGGUUUGUUUUUAAACCAAGAUGAGUGAUUUAAAUUUACCACGCUGUAAUACUUGUUUGUAAUUGGUCCAAUCUCAGGGAAGUUUACUCCACUGUUAUAAAAUUUUGACACUAAUGAUAUUUAUAAAAUUUUGACAGUAUUGGCAUUUCAUAGGUUAAUUAAGUUAUAUCGGCGAUUUUUUGUGUUUUCUGCGUUAUUCCUUUAAUUUUUAGUCUGCUCUUAUAUCAAAAGCAUUGGUUUUUAGAACUCUUUAGCGACGUAUUAAUAUAAUAUAAUAUUUGUGGAUUACCUUUGAGGGACGACAUGAUCAACCAAAAAAGAUGUAUUUGGUGAUAUUUCUAGUGACUUUCUUGGGUGUGCAUCUGUCUUUUUAGUUUACUCUUCUUGGUUAAAAAAUAAACCAUUGUACGUUUAUGAAGUAAAAAAUAACUUAUUAUAAAGAAUAUUAAAUACAUUUCAAUAAAAA